AUGCAAGCCAUUAAAAAUUAAAGAUCAAAAAUUUUGACACUACUAAAGUCUUCUCAGUCACGCUUAGUUCCUCCUUCAUUCAGCCACACUCUGAGAGCCUUUGCCUCAACAAACAAAUUCAGCAGAUCUUCACCCCUGAAUUAUCAAUUCUAUUAGAUAGGAGUAAAGGACUUAAAUGCUGAUUAAGCUGGCCUCCAAGACUUAGUCCCUCGUCCUAAGAAAACUCAGAUUCAGUUCAUGUGCAAGGGUGCCUUCCCCCUUGAUAGAUAGGGUACUCAUAUGCUGCCUAAGCUUCCCACAAGAAGUGUUAUUGAAGAUUACCUUGCUUCUAAAAAGGUUGAUGAAGAUAUACUCAUUGAUCACUUUGGCAAUAUGUUCACUAGCACUCUAGACAAUAUAGCAAAGAGAGAUUACGGUAAAUUAGAGAAGCUAUUGGAAAGCAAAUUCUAUGAAACAAUUCUCUAGAACAAAGAUAACCUAGAGAGAUUCAAUCUCAGUUAUGAUCUGAACAAGGUAGAUGCGAAUGAGUCAUUUAUUAUUGAUAAGAUGCUGAUCAAGGGUCUCUAUCAUGACAGAAGUAAGAAUGGAGUGAACUACGAUUACAUGCUUGUCAACGAAUAAGAGCAUUAUGGCAUCAGAUUCUACCUGCAUAAGUACUUCGUGGGCUACAAUGCUUACUAUUUGGCUAUUGAAAACGAAGAAUUCUUCAGAAUACAGAAUGAGAAGAAUGAAAAGAUGACUCCCGAUGAUUUCAAUACAAUGUAUAAAACCAAGGACACAUUUGAUGAUUUAUCGUUUAAACUUAAAAAAAGAAUGCAAGAGUCUCAGCAUUCAAUGAUUCUCAGAGUUACUUUUCAAUUCAGAGAUACAAAUAAAGCCCUUUCAGCUUCUUAAGGCCCAGAGCCUCUCUAUGACCCAGACUACACUGGCAACCACAUCAUCGUAUUUGAAAAUCAAUUGACUAUGCCUUCCUUGAUGGCUAUGAUUGAUCAUUCCGAGUAGGAAUUCAUUAACUUAAGAAAGCUAAAUUUCAAGAACUGGCGCAUAGUAGAUAUAGAUAACUACAUGAAGGGCAAUUCAUUCUUCCAGAAGCAUAAAACAGAUAAAGAAUUCACUGAUCAGAUGGAGUUUUACUUAGGCAUCAAUGAUGGUGAUAAUAAACCAACCAAGGAAUAAAAGAAAGAUCUGCGCCAAGACUUUGAAAAACUUGCUAAAUUUAUUUUGUCUUCAGAACCAAGAAGCAACAGGGGUUUAGAAAGAUUUAUUGAUGAAGUUAUAGCUUAACCCGAAUAAACUGUAGCUGAGGUCGAAAAGUUAGUAAAAGAGGAUGUAACUAAGGACAAUAAGCAAUAAUAGGCAUAGCUAGCAAUGCCUAAGGAAAAGAAACAAAAAGGUGGUGACAAGCAAUAAGUUAAUAAAGAGGAGAAUGGUGAUUAAUAAAAGUAAGCCAAAUAAAAUGCUGCUGAAAAGAAGCCAGAGUAAAACUCAAAUAAUGGUAGCACUAAUGAAUAGGCUGAGAAGCAAGCACCUAUCUAGGCAGCUCCUAAGUCUAGUGAUGAAAAGUAAUGA